AUGGACGACGAAGAUGAUGAUUUCUAUGAUCCGGUUGAUGCGGUACCGCCAACCCAACCGCAGCUUAAUACACAAAAUGAAGCCGCAGGUCAACCGCAGGACAGCAAUCACAUGGAUGAGGAUGGGGUAGAGGAGGAAGAAGAAGAAGAUGAUGAUGAUGACUUCAAUAUCAUCACAGAGGCGCCAGCUGAUGGCGUACCUCCCGAAGCCUCCCAUCCGCGCCCUGCAACCCUGCGACAGGACUCACAACGGCCACCCUCGGUCGACUCAUCAGGCGUAGCACGGUCUGCGACACCAGCUGCAACUCCGCGGUACGAGACCGCAACCCCAGUGCCCGGCCACCCAGCUGCAUCAAAACCCCCCUCCGAAAAGCCAGGCUCUGCCUAUCCUGCAAUCCACAGCUCAACAAUUGACGUCAAUGCAAAUCCUAUUCACCCCAUGACCGGGAAGCCUAUUAUGUCCACCGACAUGGACGCAGACUUCCCAGCCGACGACAAGCCCUGGCGUCGACCUGGCUCAGAUCUCUCUGACUACUUCAACUACGGUUUUGACGAGUUCACAUGGGCAGGAUACUGUAUCAAACAGCAGGGAGUUCGACAGGAAGUCGGCGCUCAGAAGCGACAGAUGGACGAUAUGCAGGCCUUCAUGGGUAUGGGAAUGCCUCCGAUGCCUGGUGCACCGGUCCCUCCUGCUCCUGCCAGUGCUGCGCCGCCAAUGGCUGGCAUGCCUGGUAUGCCGGAUAUGAACUCCGAUAUGAUGCAGGGUAUGCUGGCGAGCAUGAUGUCCCAGGGCUUGGAUCCAUCUGCCAUGGACCCCAUGGCUUUCAUGCAGCACGCGCAGUCGAUGAUGCCCGGCGGUGGCCAGCAGGGUCAGCCUGGUUUUGGUGGACAGCCACAAGGCCAGGGAUUCAAUCAAGGUGGUCAGGGUCAAAUGGGCUAUGGUGGAUAUGAUCAACGUGGAGGUGGUUACGGAGGCCGAGGGCGCGGGCGCAGAUGGUAG